GGGGGAGGGGUCAGCGGUGCACCUAUGCAAUUAACUCACUUGCCUUUAUAGACUUCCAAAAGUCUUUAAACACAUUAUAGUUUUUCUUUAAUCAAAAAAACAUCAAAAAUUUUCACUUUCACCUAAAACAUCACAGGAAACAGAUUUAAAACAACCAAGCAAACAAAACCUAGAUGAAACAAAAUAUAAAUAGACAAAAGCAUAUGACAUGAGAUUUUAAGACCUAGGACAUCUGCCACCACCAGUAGUGACCUGAGACGGGACUGUGAUGUGAGCCCCAUGGUCGUUCCCAUCUCUGCCUGGAGGGCACCCGGGAGCCACGUGGGGAGCCUGCAGACCCCCAGAGGAGGGCAGCCCGGGGGAGCCCCGUGUAGCAAGAAGUCUCCAAGGCCUGGGUCCAGCAGAAGGCUGGUCAGCACCGCACCUGAGGGGACUGCCCAGGCUGGAGCCUCUGGAGGACUAAAGAGUACCCCACACACCUGCUCCCAGCAGCACACGGGCAGCAGCUCCAGGGCAGUGGCAGGUCCUCCGAGGGCAUGCUCAGGACACCAUGUUGGACUGAACACCCCUGCUGACCUGCACCAGGUCAUGAAUGCAGGGCAUGUACAGGUGAUCUAACUGCAUCCGAGAGCAAAGGUUAAGGAGAUUUAUAGGAUUACACACAUGUUUGGCAGCCAAUGGGGUAGAUUUGCACUGUCUGAUGCAAGGAAGUAGGAAGCGGAACAUGACAAGGGCAAACAGGCGAAACCAGCUGGAACCGAUGGGGUUGUUAGAAUUGGCCUUCACACCAUCAUUCUGUGUCCUUCUGGCCUUCACACCAUCAUUCUGUGUCCCUGACAUCUAGAACGUUACAUCACAGCAGGGAAGGUGGGACGGACUAAACUUAGCACCAUAACAGGCUGUAAUCAUUAAGGUGAGCACCUCCCUGGAUAGAGUUAACAGCGCGACUUAACAGAAGAAAAGCUUAGUGGAGACGUAUCAACACGACACAGAAUCACCAAGUCAAGGAAGAAGAUCAGUGAGCUGUGGAUGACUUGGAGUGGCUUAACAAACACAUAACAGAGUCCCCAAAAUGGAGAGAUGGCAAAACUUUGAAGGAACUAUGGCUUAAUAUUUCCCUGACUUGGUGACAGGUGUCAGCCUACAGGCCCAGAGGAGACCCAUGAGCCCCAAGCACGCAGGCUGGAGACACAGUGACAGACAGAACAUCUGGGAAGUGGCCAGCGAGAGCCAGCUGUCUGGCGCGCGAGGAGGGUGGCGGCAGCAUCUUUGUCACCACACAUAGCUCGCGGGGGGCACGGUUUGCUGCUCUGAACAGAGAAACCUUCAAACGAGUUCAACGUGACAAGGAUGUCUUUCAGAAACAGUGACACAAGGACAUUUUCGUGCAAAGGCUGAAACAGCUCAACCAGCAGACCUGAAAGGUCAAAGGACGUUGUGCAGGGAGGAGGACGGUGACCCUGGGGGGAAUAGGAGGCGGCGCGCAAGGCUCGGCCGCUUACCUAUCUGUCAGGGGCAGUGGCCCUGGGGACAAGCACGGCAUAUGUGAGAACAGCAUCGACGUGCUAAGGCGGACGGCGUGUGCACCUGGAAGGUAUCCAGCCAUGGCGGCCUCUGCCUGGCUCCAGGCCUCUGUGGCGUGGAGCGAUACUGCGGGGCUGCGCCAGUGGGACAUACACAUCCUGGACGUAGGAAGACAGUGGGGAACAGAGGACUAACAGGGGAGUCGGUAGAGGCGAAGGCCAAGCAGACCUGUGGCCGCCGGGAGCAGGAAUGCAGCAUGAGCAGCCUCCUUGACUGAGUACAUGUUACCGGGGGACAGUGGCCUCGGGCUCCCUGGGCCAUUGCGUGAAGAGGGCCACCCGAGCGCCUCCUCUGCCAUCCCAGGAGGGGCUCCCAGCUGCAGCGGCACAGCCAGGACUCCAUGACUGUGGCCCAGCAGAGCCUGGACAGUGUCGCCCACAACCUCUACCCACUCCUGUUCAAAGCCAGCUACUUGCUGGAGCAGGCGGCGGUGAUCCGAGCCCUGAUGGAGCGCUGGCCCCUGGAGGAGUUCCGGCUGAGCGUGCUGCUCGGGCCGCACUCCGAACCACCGGUGGACCUGCGGGACCGCACCUGCAGGCCCUGCCUGGAGGCUUGCGUGCAGGGCCUCGCAGACCACGUGCUCCGGGCUGCGGGCCCGUGGCGGCUGCGCGUGGCUGACCUCACGGGUGUCCGAGAUGUGCAGGUGCAGCAGUGCCCCUGCGGGAGGGCUCUGGGUAGGUGGGGCCGCACCGAGCUGCUGGCCAGGACCUGCUGCCAGCUGCAGGCGGCGUCCCUCGUGGUCCGGCCCCCCGUGCGGGUCCUCACUGAUCUCUUUGUCACAGAGGGCAAUUUCGAGCUGGUGCUGCGUGCCCUGGGGCCUGGCCCUGCCCCGCUGCGCGUGCACUGCCUUUCUUUCCGAGCAGACAGUCUGGGCCCCAGCCAGCUAAUGCAGGUGCUGCGUCUGGCAGGGCCAGGUGAACUGCAUAGGCUAGAGGUCGUGCACAACGUGCGGCUGCAUGCUGGCCAUGUGCAGCAGCUGCUGGCCCAGGUGGGCUUCCCACGGCUGGCCUCACUCACGCUGCCUGCCAAGGCUUUCGACGCACCCCCGAGCAGCACCCUGAGCCCUGACCACGAGGACCGCCUCCUUACCUCCAUCGCCUGGGAGCUCAGCCAGAUGAGCCAGCUCAACGAGCUGAGUGUGGCCUUCUCCACGCUGACAGGAAAGAUUCCGAAACUGCUUGGCCCCCUACGGACACCACUGAGGACCCUGGACCUGGCCAACUGCUCCCUGAACCAUGAAGAUAUGGCCUUCUUGGCAGACUGCACCCAUGCCGCGCACCUGGAGGUCCUCGACCUCAGUGGGCACAGCCUGUUCAGCCUGUUCCCCUCCACCUUCUUCCGGCUGCUGGGCCGGGCCGCCCAGACGCUGAGGGUCCUCACCGUGGAGGAAUGCGACAUCGAAGACAGCCACGUGAACAUGCUGAUCCUGGCCCUGAGCCCCUGCCAUGAGCUGUGCGAGCUCCGCUUCCUGGGGAACCCCCUGUCAGCCCGGGCCCUGAGGCGCCUCUUCGUGGCUCUCUGCGAGCUGCCCAAACUGCGGCGUGCAGAGUUCCCAGUGCCCAAGGACUGCUACCCUGAGGGUACUGCCUACCCCCAGGACGACCUGGCCAUGUCCAAGUUCGACCAGCAGAAAUAUGACGCGAUUGCCGAGGACCUCCGUGCAGUGCUGCUUCGGGCUGGUCGGGGCGACAUCCAGGUGUGCACGCCCCUCUUUGGAAGUUUCGACCCAGAUAUCCAAGAAACAAGCAACGAACUUGGAGCUUUCCUGCUGCGAGCUUUCAAAGCUGCUCUAGAGAACUUCUCCAGAGCACUGGAACAAAUGGAGUAGGCCCUUGAGCAGACUGGGGGGGUGGGGGGGUGCGACUUGCAGCUCGGCUGUGCCACAGCCUGGACAGCCCGCAUGGGCAGUCUUGGCCACCUGCUCCCCGCUAUCACCCGUUAAAGCAUCUCUUGCUGAAGCUCCUAUGAGGCAUCGGCCAAGCCCAGGUGAGAGGAAACCCUGGUUCCAGCAGAGGCCACUCCAGGCGCCUCCGCGCAGUAGAGCGGGGCUGGGCGGGUUGGGAGCAAGGAUGGGGAGCUCAGACGUCUGGCCAGGGUGGAGAGGACAUGAACAACCUGUCACACAACACAGGCCCUGUGCCACAUCUGGGUUGUCCACAGGGCUGACUUGGGUUUGCCUAUUCAUGAGCUCCUGCCCGGCAUGGAACAGGGGGUGUUAAUGGCUUGAGCCCAAGGACCAGGAUGCAGAGUGGCUUCCUGGGCUUCUGCCACUGUGGAAAGCCCUGCCUGGGACAACCCCAUCACCGCUCCGGUUUCCUACCUCUCUUUGGACGCUGACGCCAGAGGAGCCUCUGCUUAGGCCGGGGCAGCUCCUCUGUGCCGCUGAGUCUGGGUGCAAACGUGCUUAACGACGUUUGCCCUUGGUUUCUUCCAAGAGCUGAUUCCAGCAGAGGCUGAGUGUGGAUGAUUAUGUACGAAUACAUAGCAGUGUGCCUUCCUCAGACCUGGCUUUAAUUUCGGUGCAGUUAGGCAUUUUAAAAAAUAUCUACAUGUAUGAAAAUGAACUAAGUUAUCAAGAUAGAGGCUAGCCUUCGAUGGGCCUGACCUCAAACUAGAACCCCAAGUGCUCAAUGUGGGCUUAACUCAUUCUGUGGGAGGGGCUGCCCUCCACCCAGCUCUGGGGCCCUCCCUGCCCCCCGGAGUCCUCACCGAGGUAUCCAUGCCCCCCUCAGGUAUGUCUCCACCCUUCAUGCCCCCCAGGUAUGUCUGCACCCCCCCAGACCCCUUCAGGUAUGUCUAUACCCCCCAUGCUCCACCCACUCAGGUCUGUCCAUGCGUUUCUCCCCACGACCUAGUGGGGCUGCGUUGGGUGUCCACCCCCAAAGUGACCGCUGUGUCAGGACUCUGCUUCCUGGGGAAGGCAAUAAUGUUCCUCCUGGGUCUUUCAGGAAAGAGGGACACCCAGAAAGUGGGCAGGAGGGAAAAAGUGACAUGUGACCAUCCUGCCCCUCAGAUUUGCUCUCUGAGCCACUUCUCCCACUGCCCUGCCCACACUCUGCCAUCCCGCAGACCCAUCCUGCUGCCAAAGUCUCCGAACCCUAUCUCAGGCAUGGAAGUUUCCCUUGCAAGAAGCUCUGGAAAGAGAGUAGAGUAGGUACAGGGCAAAAUUUUGUGAUGAUCUGAUUCUAACUCUAAAGAGUGGAGUGAUUUCAGCUGUUUGUGGCCCACGGGAGAGGACUCCGGAGUGCACGCGGCUGAGCCGGGCACCUGCGGUCACUGGGGCAGGAGGUGGGCGCGCAGGUGUCUGCGGGUCAUGAAUGUUCCCAACAGCCCCACCCCUGGGAAUGGCCCCCCAUAAAAGCCAAGGAGGCUGUGGAGGCACAUUUGGAGCAAUUCUGCAGCCUCUGGAGUGGCCCCAGCAGAACCCAUGCCUCCCUGUGCCAACCUGCUGCCUAUCAUUUCCCCGAUCCUGUGGAUCUGCUGGGCCCCAACCCUGAAGGACUGUUUCCGGCCAUGAUGGGUUUUGGCUGUGCCCACACAGCCUGGGAUUCAGAGGUUCUGACAAUGCCUGCCAGCCCCAGGGAUCUGCCAGGACCCAGGCACAUCCUGUGCUUUCAUGCUGCGAAGGCCUGGGUCUGACACAAACCACAGGGACCGGGACACUCACACGUAGGCAGAGAUGGGCAGAUAGCAGGUGCCGACAGGGUGGAAAGUCACCACAGGCAGCUCCGGGCCUAGCAGCCCCCUGUCCCACUGGUCUCCCCAGAGCCCUGACAGCUGAAUGGAAUGGGGCAGGGUGCGGACCCCGACAGACACUGGGCAACCACCUUCCAAAACACCAAGGGCAUGGGCUCUGUGUCCCCCAAGUCCUGUGUGGUGGAUUAAUCAUCACACCUCCUCCGGGAAGCCAGCACUCCUUCCUGCUGCCCAUCCUGGCAAAGGGGUAGAACAGAUUCAGGGGCUUAUUACACAGCUUUAUGUCCCAGACUAGGGGGACCCUCUGUGCCACGGAUGUGGCCUGAAGUCCUGGAGACGGGGGCCUGUGGCUCUUAUGGUCACGGGAUGCUCUCCUUUUCUUUGUCGUUACGUAGAUUGAGCAGCACCCUGAGGAGCUGUCGCCCACUGGACCACAGGCUCCCAAUUCUCUAUUGCUGGGGCCCCUGGGCAGCUCCCUAUGGGUGGAGAUGCUGCAGCUCUCACCUGGGUCUCGAUGCUCAUCACAGUGAUUCCACCCACCUGCUGCUGCCCGUCCUGAAUCCCAUCAGCCUGGGGCCCAAAACCGGGGCAUCACCUAUGACACUCAGCCCUGGCUGUGGGCAGAGCCCCUUUCAUGUGGGGGCAGCAGCAUCUGCCCUCAUGUGAUAAAUGCCUUCGACAACCCCGUCCAGGCAUCCAUGAGCUUCUGCGCCUCAGGUCCAGGCAGCCUGGCUCUCCUCUCCACUGACGACAGACCACCCGCAAGGAGCCAGUGUCCCGCCAGGACAUCACACACAGGGACACCCCCUCAGAACCACGCCCCACGAGGCCCAGGUCCUGGCAGCAUGCAGUGUUGCAGCCACUGGCUGUGGUGCAGUGAAGGCGUGCGGGGGGGGGGGGGGGGGGGGGGCUCGAAACUCGCCACUUCCCUGCGGUCUGUCUGCACCGACGGGACCUUGACUUGCCAGAAGGUCCGCAGAGGCAGAUUUCCGCAAGAGCUGCCCCAAUGGCAGCCAGUGCUUGGCUCUCGAAGCCUCAUUUUCUUUUUCAAGAUUUCCUGCAGGGUUGACAAAAGCCACACACCUGAUUUCCCCGCACCCUCUCCAUCUGAAUGUCACAGCAGCGUAGAUGCCACUGGUUCCCAAACUGCCACACAGGGGAAUGGAACAGGUAAGACGCAAGCUCAGAAGAGCCAGGAGGAGGAAGGUUAACGCAGAUGUGCACACGUGAGGCAGAGACCCCUGCCCCAGGCUCCUGACACUUGUUGGCCAUUUCUGGGUCCUCUCUGAGGAGGGAACCUGAGGAGCCACGAGGCCCCAAGUAAACCCCCCUCGUCGCUGUGUCGGGCAGCUCGAAUCCAUCUCUGUUGCUGCGGCCAGAGUCCCACUGCAGAGAAACGGAGCAGCUGAGCCUGUCGCUGCUGGAAGAGAGCAGCAGCUUGCGUCUGGCUCCUAGGGCUCGGGCGGCACCCAGGAGGUGCGGGGCCAUCUCUGUGGCCUCCCUGGCUCCAGCUUUCUGCCUGCAGGGCCCAGCAUGGCGUCUGAGCUGGGUGGGGUCCCCUAUGGUCCAUCACAAGACCCCCGAGCGAGCACAUGAACCUUCCCCAGUUCCCUGAGUCCUGACUGCAGACUGGCUCUCAGGAGGUGAGAUGGAGACAGCGGACGCAGUGAGACAGCCUUUCCCUCCCUCUCCUUUCAGUGGAUUGUGAACACUUCAGCACACCUUUGAACAAUCCACACAGAAAUACUGUUCUAGUUUAAUUAGACAUGACUUUUCUUUUCAUUCUUUUUUUUAGAGGUUUUAUUUAUUUGACAGAGAGAGAAAGAGAGAGGACGCAAGGGAGGGAAGGGAGAAGCAGACGCCCUGCUGAGCAGGGAGCCCGACACAGGACUCGAUCCCAGGACCCGAGAUCAUGACCUGAGCCCCCCAGGGGCCCAUAACUUCCCUUCUCAGACACACACAGGUUCUUUGGUGAAGUCCCUUCCCAUCACAAUGCCCCAUCAUCGGUGUGAUGUUUGCAGGGUUACUUUGUCAUCGUGAAAUGUUGGUCCAUAUGCGCAUGAUACACACACACACACACACACACACACACAAGAAAAUACACGACAGUUCCUUAUCUGCAUUUGUGAAGUUUUACGAGGGGGAGAAAGCAUAUUUAACAAAUAAACUGGGAUUCGUUUACAGAA